AUGGAGCCUUCGCCGCCUGCGUUGCCCAUCGAGAUUUUUGACAACGUCCUGGACCAUCUCUGGGAUGACCCGCACGUCCUCGCGGCCUGCAGUCUGGCUUCCCGUAUGUUGCUCUCGACAAGUCGCUUUCAUCUGUUCAAUACCAUCUCCCUCGACGAUCCUGCAAUGCAUGACCUCUUCUAUAGGCUGCUCAAGGCGUCUCCUGCUGUCUCGUCAUACGUGCGUCACCUCUCGGUGGACCAGCGUGCAGUACGGAGGAAGGGUAGUCCAAGGAGGGCAGACUUGGAGUUAAUUCUCCCCAAGCCCCCGUCAGCGCUGGAUAGGGUUCACCAUCUAACCCUGAAGAACUUCAGCGCUCUCGAACUGUCGAUGCAAUCCAAGCUAGACAUUCAGGCGUCUUUUCCCGGAGUCAGGACAUUGUCCUUCAUGGACUGCAAAUUCGAUGCCCCACUCUUCGUCGAUGUUCUCCACGCGUUUCCCAAGCUCUCCGAGCUCCAUCUACACCUGGUGCAGGUAGGCGAUAGACGAACCCUCUUCAACUUCUCCGACCCCGAUGUCUGCGUGUGGCUAGACAAUAUCCCCUUCACCACCAUGAUUCCAUCCUCAGAGACGUUGAUCCAAAUAGACGCCCUUUCGACAUCACUCACUUCCCCUAUUGUCGGUAACCUGUUAUCGAAGAGCCCAUUCAAACUUUCUCCUCGGCGGCUCGAGAUCACAUGUUUCCCCAGCCAGACACGUUGCGUACGUGCGCUGCUUCAUACCUCAGGUCUUUCCCUCGAACACGCCACUUUCUCAGCCUCGAGCAGGAAUUUCUUGGCGAAGGAUACGAUGCCAAGCGAUUUCCUCGACUUCUCAUGCAACAAGGAAUUGGUUUCCUUACACAUGAAUGGUGUUUUGAUCGACACAUGGUUUACUCCGCAGUCGCAGUGGGCACACAGCGCCCUGUCUAGUAUCGGUGCCUCUCACGAGAGUCUUCGUGAGAUCCAGAUUGAUUGUAUGUUACUGGAUUGCGCCCAGCUACCUCUUCUUCGGUGGAACCGGUUCGAUGACCAGUUUGCUCGACUGGCCCGCGAGCAUCCGGGAGUCAAAUUUACGUUGCGUAUACGGAGCUCUUACGCGUACCAUGAGCAGGGUGUCAAGUUCCAUGUGUGGGCACGCCAGGUAGUGGAUGCGGUUGGAGACUCUUUUCCGAUACUUUUGGCCGAGAAAUCUUGUCUGCUAGUGGCGUGCUAUCAAGCUCGUUCUCCUGCUGAGGAAGUUGUGGGCUCUUUCCCCCAAAUUCUCUGA